AUGUGUGAAAUAAGGAGGACGGGCACCAGGAUAGAAGAAUAUAAUAAUUUCAUACUAUGCCACACAGGACACACACCUGGUAAACGUGGAGUCGGUUUCAUAAUAAAUAAAACCCGUAAGAACUGGAUUGAAAGUUUCAUGGGAAUAAACGAUAGAGUAGCAUUAUUAAACUUAAACAUACAAGGAUUGUCCAUGUCAAUUAUACAGAUAUACGCUCCAACUGAAACGGCAUGUGAAGAAGAGAUUAACAACUUCUACACAAAUGUCAAUAGAGCCGUAGACCAAGCCUACAAGAACUAUAUAAUAAUGGGUGACUUUAACGCGAAAAUAGGUCAACCAAGAAAAGAUGAACAUCUAAUAAUGAAACCAAACGGAUAUGGUGAAAGAAACCAGAGAGGAUUCAACUUCCCUAAAUUACCAGGAAAAUGGCCAUUUACUUUGAGCGAACAGCAGCUCGACUCGAGGAGGAGGGGGCUAGAACAGUAUUUGGAAAAGGUGUGCGCAGUGCGCGUGAUCGCGGAGUGCGAGAGCGUGCAGGAGUUCCUGACGGACUGCGACGACAGCUCGAACCCGGCGCCCGUGGAGCUGAAGGUGCUGCUGCCGGACCGCGACGUGGCCACCGUGUCCGUGCUGCGCUCCACGCGCGCCGACCUCGUGUACCGCGCCGUCGCCGACAAGAUCCGCCUCGCCGACACGGUGCAGCAGUACUUCUACCUCUUCGAGAUCGUCGAGUACAACUUCGAGCGCAAGCUGCAGCCCAACGAGUGUCCGCACUCGCUGUACAUACAGAACUACUCGACGGCGUCCAGCAGCUGCCUGUGCAUCCGCAAGUGGCUGUUCAACCCGCGCGUCGAGGUGGCGCUGGUGGCGGAAGACCCGCUCGCCGCCAACUUUAUAUUUUGGCAGGCGGUGGAGGACGUGAACCGCGGCACGUGCGCGGCCGGCGCCCGGCUCUACCAGCUCAAGGCCAUGCAGGAGCCGCGCCGCGCGCACGACUACCUCGCGCUCGCACGCACGCUGCCCGGAUACGGACACGUCGCCAUCCCGCACCCCACGCUGCGUCUGGCGCUCGGCUGGAGCGGCAUCAAGCUGUCGCCGCACGAGGAGGAGGCGCCGGGCGAGGAGUGCGCCGAGGUGCCGUGGAGUUGCGUGCUGGGCUGGGCGCGGGAUGAUGACGCCACCGCCGUGCGCCUCACCUACGCGCGACCCGACCGCCCGCCGCGCACGCUGCUGCUCUGCACGCCAUAUUACCAGUUCCUGGCCAACUGCAUGGACAGAAUAGCGGAGGAGGCGAACUGGGCCGACACCGGCGAGUAACGCACCCUCGCGCCCACAACACUCACUUCACUCAACGAAUGGAAUGCUGGGAGAUUAUAAUAGAUUACCUAAAUUGUCUUUCCGGUUAACGGUAGACAGACAGUGUGGUCAUGUUAAUAAACAGUUGACUGUCCGCCCGUCGUCAGACCGUAAAACAUAAGGGUGAUCGUCAUAAAAACAGAUCUGAUGUAUUAUGUAUUCCAUAGUGUUUCUAAUUUUGUCCUGUCAUCUAGCAACACUGACCGCGUUUUUAGACUAAGGUCAAUAAUUUAAAAAUAUAGCGAAGAAAGGUAAAUUAAUUUCGAGAAAAAUGAUCGUCUAGCCGAGCAGCCUCGUUAACUAUCUCGGUAGAACUCUAUAUUUGUCGUUACGAUUGAAUUAUUAUUUUUUAAUUAAUGACUAAUUAUUUAUACUUAACAUUCUACUUUGUAGUUUUAUUGUUGGCAAUCGGAUAUUGUGUGACCUUGAGAUUUGUUUCGGAAGUCGACGGGGAAGGGAGAGUGCAGCUGAAGAUGUUUUACUCAAAAUCAUUAUGUUUUUAUUCAAUUUAUUGCUGCGCGCCGAGCCUACACCGCGCCAGUACUAAGGGUCGCCGCACACGAGCCGCCACCGGAAUAUUUCCUGUACAUACAUUUUAUAUGAAGCGUGUGGCGGCCACCGGCGCCAACCGUGUGCGGCCAGUCCAUAUAAAAUGUAUGAAAGAAAACAACAGGAAAUAGGUCGGUGGCUGCGUUUUGUGGUUGUGGCCGGUGGCCCGUGUGUGGCGACCCCUAAUACUGUCGAAGCUCAGUGGUAGCCUAGUGCUCAGUUGGCAGCUCAAUCCAAUUGUUACAAUUCAAUAAACUAAAUUUUGAAAUUUUAUAAAAAAACCUGCCCCAAAGCUAAAACAAUAUUAUUAGUAUACCGACAACAAGGUUGUCGACGGUACGCGCUAAUGGGUCUAGAAAAACCAGCAAUGUACAUCUAAGGCUCAAUGUACAGCGCACAACACGGCAGCUCAGAACACCCGCACGGGGCGGACGCGACUUGUACUAAGUUUAGGCGUUAUUAAAUACUUAUUUAUAUUAUUUAAUAUUUUAUGGUCAUUCCUUCACGAGUUUUGGCAGCGGCCCGCGGGCCCUAUACAAUGGUGCAGCUAGAAUUAGAUACCGUAGAUUGGGGAAAUCGGGACCCUUUCCAAAUCCAACACAAAUUUCCAAUGGUUUUUCUUAGGGUAAUACCAAUAAAAUUGAGAUUAAAAUGG